AUGGUGUUAUUUGCAAAUGGCUGGCAGAAGUUUGUUGAAGAUAAUUAUGUAGAGCCGGAAGAUUCUUUAGUUUUUAGCUAUGAUGGUGAUAAUAUGUUCGAUGUUCUGAUUUUUGAGAAAAGUGGAUGCGAGAAGAGGGAAACUAGUGCCACCGUGAGCAUUGACAUGGAUGUGAACAUGGAGGAGAAAGAAGAUGAUGAGGAUGACAUUGUUGUGAUUGAGGGUGUUGAAAAUGAUGGUGAUGAAGAUUAUUUCGAAGAAGAAGAAGAAGGAGAAGAAGCAACGCAUAGAGGCAAAAAGACUGGUGGAAACAAUGGAGGAUCUAAGAGAAGGGCUCCUGUUAACGUUGGAUUGCCCAAAGGAGUUGACGCAAGCAGUUAUGUUGAACCUCAAAACCCCGACUUCGUGCCCAAAAAAGUGGGGGAUAAGAGGAACUAUUUGGUGAUAAUCUCUGCUCAUCUGUGA